AUCUUUAAAAUAAUAAACCUUUGUGCAGAAAAUUUUCAAUUCUUCAUGUGUGUUUGUAGAAACCUAUGAUGGAGGAGAAGCAGAAAGCAAGCUACAGAGUAGAAGAAGAAGAAGAAGAUGAUGAUGAUGCUGAUUCAAUUCUUCAACUUUUGAUGGAUUAUGAACCAACAUUAAACAACCAUGCAGAAAGCAAGCUAAUUACUAGUGAUGAAAUAUUUGUGCUUCCAGAUCAUAAGAAUAAAGAAUCAGAAGCGUCAUCCUCCUCCUCCUCCCAUUUUCCAUCAAAAGGAAAAAAUAAUUUAGAUAUGGAUCAUGAAAUAUUGGAGAAGUGUGACGAAGAUGAUUUCUUUUCCAAAUUCUUGAACAUAACUGAUAAUAAUAAUGAUAUUAAUGUUUCAUCUGGUAUUGAUAAUAACCCACCAUCAUCAAAUGUGGUAGAAGUUGAUGAUGAUCAUGUGACCUCCAUGGCAAUUCCACCAGAAACUGUUGUGCAGCCACCACAACUGCCAUCAGGCGCCAUCACAACUAGGCCAAGAGGAAUCAGGAAGGCCAUAUCUCCUGAAACGCUUGCAGAGCUUUCCAUUAUUGAUCCAAAGAAGGCAAAGAGAAUAAUCACAAACCGAAUGUCUGCUGUGAGGGCAAAGGAGAAGAAGAAGCUUUAUACAUGCAUGCUUGAACAUAAAUUACAAAACUUAAGAUCUGAAUCAGCUACAUUAAACGCUCAUUUGUCUUUAUUGCAGACAGAAGGCUUAAGCUUGAAUGCUGAAAAUGUCAGACUGAGAGAACAGACAGGCAUGACUUUGCAACAAAUUCACUUACAAGACUCAUUGAAUGAUGAAAUAAGAAAUGAGAUCCAACAUUUGAAAACGUUGACACAAAUUACUUCAAACCAUGGAAUCAUGUUGAACAACACUGGAAAUAAUCAUGCACACAACAACCUUGCAAUGGAUGCACCAACAGGCACAGAACAAGUUGGCCAACUCCAAGUUCAAAAUGUAGAUCAGCAACUUGAACAAUUUCAACAGGGACCAGUACAUGUGAAUGCUGGGCAACAAUCUCCAUGGCAAGUUCAAUAUGAUCAGGAGGUGAAUCCACAGUAUCAUCUUCAACAAGAAGAAAAUCCACCAUAUAUUGAGGAUCCUAACAUUACUAAUCCUCUGCCUUACCUGCAAGGUGAAGAAGACAAUGAUCAUUAAUAGUAUCUUUUGGGGAUUGGUAGGCCUUUUGAAGCAUUUCUAGUAUCGUGUUGUUUUGAAUAAGUUCUCUAGUCGGAGAAGUAAGUUGAGCUUUGUGUUUGGGAUUUUGAUACUUUGAUUGGAAUUUUAAUAA